AAGUCCGCCGGUUAUCUCUGGGAGUUAAAGGUCAGAGUUGGCUAGUGAAAUCUUCACAGAUGGCAUUCAGACUGAGAUGUGACUGAAGGGAGAAGAUGCCACGUUUUUGGAGCUCAGCCCUCCUGUUGCUGUUGACUUUGCAGUAUGUUUAUGCUUCCUGGCCAUCACGGUGUGAGACUGCUGAGGGAAAAUGUGACUUUGUGUGUCAUUGUUCUGACUGUGGUGAUGAACAAAACUGCGGCUACUCUGGAAAAUCAUUUGAGUGUGACUUCGAGGAUGCGGGAGUUUGUGGAUGGACGAUCAAAACUUCUGGUGGAGAAUACACAUGGCAGAGAGAUCAGAGUGGGGACCAGCUGCCAGACAGCGGACCAUGUUCUGACUACACCACCGGCACAGCUGCAGGCUGGUUCAUGUCAGUGAGUGCAGUGAGGGCAGAGUCUCUUCAGAGUUCAGUUUUAAUCUCUCCGGAGAUAAAACACUCUUCACCAACAUGUCGUCUGCGUCUCAGAUACUUCCUGUGGGACUCAGGUCACACAGAUUUAGGAUCUACUCCUUUGUGGGCUUCGAUCCUUCACCAGGACUCUCAGGAGGCUGUCGUGUGGCGCCCUGAGGCCUCCAGCAUUCGUAGCUGGAGGGAAGCCACCAUCUUUCUGGGCCGCAUUUCCUCCCCGUUUCAUAUCCAUCUUCACUCAGAGCGCUUAGACGGGCGAAAAGGAGAUGUAGCCAUAGACCAGCUGGAGUUUCUAGACUGUGCUCUGCCCUUGCCCCCUCCUGGGACCAACUGUUCAGCAGGGAUGGUGAUGUGUCAUAGUGGGGGCUGCGUGGAGCAGCGGCAGCUCUGUGACGGCACUGAUGACUGCGGUGACGGCAGCGAUGAAGAGCCCUGCGAUGAUUACCAACGCUGUGACUUUGAGGAGGGUCUGUGUAACUGGGACCUGAGAUCAAUUUCUAGACUGAAAUGGAUCAGAACAAAUCAGGAGAACAUCUCAAGAACUGAUCCUCAGAAAGGUCCAGGCAGAGAUCACUCCAACAACGUAGCAUCAGGUCACUUCCUGUACGUCACCGUCCCUCAUAGCGGUCUCACAACGGACUGGGCUUCUUUUCAGAGUCCGCCUCUUGAACCAACAAAUAGUUCACAUCCCUGUAAGAUGGUCAUGUACACUCACCAGUUUGGGCCGAGGUCCGGCGGUUUGACGGUGCUGGUGGCGGAACGUCUAAUCUAUCCAGUCUGGGAAAGAGGCGGAGCUUUAGGAGAUCUGUGGGUGAAGGCAGAGGUGGAGAUAGUGUCCAACUCACCUUUCCAGAUUCUGAUAAUGGCGGCGAUCAGAGACUUUGACUAUGGAGGAAUCGCUGUGGACAGCAUCGUGUUGUCUCCUGAGUGCCGCUUGUCAUCCGAGAAUAGCACCCUGGAAAAAUUACCCAACCCUCCAAAGCACCCUUGCAUUGAUGAUCCAGAGAAGAUGUGUGAUUUCCAUCCUGACUGUGCUGAUGCCGAGGAUGAAACCCAAUGUGGGGAUUUCUCCUAUGCUGAGGGCAGCUCAGGCUGGACUGACACCAGUAUUGGGAGUCAAGGUUGGAUCCUGUAUAAAAAUUCAACAACUAAAGCGGAGUACUUUUAUGUAGCUGAGGCUGCAGGUCAGCAGCUAACAGAAGCCCAGACUCGGACACCCCUCCUGGGCCCUACAGGUCCAGCCUGCAACCUGAGCUUUGACUUUGCGCUCACUGGGAGUUUGGAUCACAUUGGUGAGAUUUCUGUCAGAGUGAUCGACAGCUUGCUGGGGCUGAGGCCUAAACUCUGGGAGUACAGUGGAAAAACGGGAGCAGAGGAGGAGGAGGAGGCGGCUUGGCAUCACGCUGACAUUCUUCUUGGAGUUAGGAAAAAUCGCUUCCAGCUGGCAUUUGAAGCCCGCGCUGUGAAACUCCAGCCGUAUGCAUGGAUCAAAGUGAGAAACGUUCGCUUCAUCAGCUGCCACGCUGACUAUUCUCCAUCGGUACCAACAGGGCUGUCAUGUAACUUUGAGGAAGGACUGUGCAGCUGGUAUCAGGACAACAGUGACAACUUUGACUGGUCCAUGGUUACUGGGAUGGAUCACACCAUUGGAAUAGGCAGCAGCCUUGUGGUGGACAUGUGGAGUCCUUCGCUACACGGAGCGUUUGGACGCUUGGUAUCAUACCCACAGCCACCAACACCCACUGAGAGAUGCCUGACCUUCUUCUACAAACUCUACGGGCCAAACACAGGUGCUCUGAAUGUGAAGCUCAUAGACGGGCUUGGCUAUGAGAUCAUACUGUGGACCCGCAGUGGAGCUCACGGCAAUGAGUGGCACGAAGCGCAGUGCCCAGUACCGCAACAGCUCACAACCUUUCAGCUGACGUUUGAAGCGGUUCGGUCCGGUUUCGAUGGCCAGGUGGCCAUUGACGAUGUGGCUUUUGUGGACCGCGUGUGCACCAUACCCAGAAAGUGCUCCUUUGAAGGCCAGAAGUGUGGUUACAGCACCGUUAAGUGGCUCCAUCGUAGUGGACACAACAAUACAACGACUAGACCCAAAACGGACCACACUUUGGGGACUGAGCUGGGUUACUACAUGAUGGUCAACACAGAUGCAGAUGUUUUUCCAACCGGUACCACUGCUGUCCUCACCUCUCCUGUUCGUCCAGGAACCACCAAACCCGAAUGUGUCAGUUUCUGGUAUCAUAUGGGAGGACCGAAUCCAGGCUACUUCACGGUGUAUCUGAAACUGGAGAAGGGAGAGAGGGUGCCGAUCUUCUCUGAAAGCCUCGGUCAGGGAGAUGACUGGCGUCAUGGCAACAGCAACAUCUCUAAUGGCCUCGUAGACUGGCAGUUGGAGUUUGAGGUGGUUGGAUCAGGAAGCAGAGGUUCCCACGUUGCUGUUGAUGACAUCUCUGUCUCAGCUCACCCAUGUGAAGAUCAAGCUUCCAAGUGCAGCCUGGAAAACGGGAUGUGCAGCUGGAGCAACAUUCAAAACAACCUACGAGACAAACUGGACUGGGAGCUGACCAGUGCGGAGGCAGAACAGCACUAUCCCGUCCCGCUUGAAGACCAUACUCUGGGCACAGAGAAAGGUCAUUUCGUCUUCUUUCCAAGCAGCAACAGGACAGCAGCCAGUCAAAACGCUUGGCUGCUGAGCUCUCACCUACCACCGACACAGGCCACCUGUCUGAGGUUCUGGGCCUACAAACCCCACUCAUCGGACUGCCAGCUGAAGAUCUGGAGACUGUCUGGAGGUCUUAUCUUUGAGCUGCUGGUUGUGAAUGAACUUGGGGGACCCUGGCGACACUUUGAAGUAAACAUCACAUCUAGUGAGGAGUAUCAGAUUGUGUUCGAAGGCAUCAAAGGAACGUCAGGUUUUGUAGCUCUGGAUGACAUCGAGUACACUGUCGGGUUUGACUGUGCCACUAAAGUCACAGAACCAACCUCAAAGAAGCCUGACAACGCCGGAGGAAUCGCAGCCUCUGUGAUUGUGGUCCUGCUGCUGAUCGGCACUUUGGUCGCCCUGCUCGUCUUCUACCUCCGGACCAGACCAGAACUCGAGGCUUCAUCGGGCGCUACCGGCUUUAGCAACGAAGGAUAUGUUCAGGACUCCACAGUACCUGCUGGUGUCAGUGAGAUGGAGGAGUGAUGCAGGGGCUGCUCUGCCAGCUAAAGGUGGCUUUAUGAAAUGCAGGUGAUGUCACAGCGGGAGAACUGCUUGUGUCACCUUAAAUUAACGCACACACACGCACACACACGCACACGCACACACACACAGAAAAAACACACCCAUAGUGCUCAUCAAUCCAGCUGCCCCGGAUCUGAGAGGAUCUUCUGAGUUCAGGACCUGCAGCUGUGGAUGGAUGGAAGACAGAGGGACAUCGUGGUGCUCUAGGCGACUAACUGAAUGACUGGUAGAGCUGUAGCAAAUUAAAGGCUGUUUUUAAUUGCCUUAAAACCUCUCUACCACAGAACCACUAAAAGGCAUGAACGUUUAUAAGAUCAUUUGAGCUUCCUGUAUUGUGACUUAAUAAAAAAUCACUCGUGCAUUAGUGAUGCUGAUGUGGGACACAUGUAGUUAUCAACAGAUCUGAUGUUUGAGCAACAAUCAAACAGUCAGUGAUUGGAUUUUUGCUUAUUAGUGCUUAGAGUUGAUCACAGUUUGUUUGUCUUCUGUUUCUUCAUCUGCUAUCUAACAGCUGACCACAGCUUACCUGAGAUUAAGAUUGUGGGGGUUUACUGAAAUUAGUUUCAAAAUGUCUGGUGAACUGGUGUUUUAGGGACUUUGAUCCACAGAUCAUCAUCAGCUUGUUCCUGGAUUGUGGGAACAUUGGUCCUCGAGGAUGUUUUGAUCCCAAUCUCUAUCCAUGGCUGUUCUGUUGCAGUACUGAGAGGAAGCUCACACUCAUGGUUCCAAUCGGUAGGCUUCACAGUUAGCUUAAAUGGUCUUCACCAGAUUUCCCAAACAAUCAGGACGAUCAGUCAGAAGAAAUAUCUUUGCACCAGUCUUCUGCUGUCCAUCCUUGUACUUCCUGCUGAAUUUCAGUCUGCCUGUGAUGGUUUUCUUGGACUGAAGUUGAUUCUUUGUUCCUUUUUUUUCCUCACAAGGCUGUAAUCUGACAGACUUUGUCUUACUGUGCAUGCGAUGAGAUGACACCCACCAGCUGCCAGGAGCAAGCUCUGCACUGGUGACAGUUUAUUCUGUACCACCUUCCUGCAGAAAUUCCAGUCAAUCCUUGAUGUCUCAGAAACAGUUUCUUUGCUGCCCUUCUUUGUCCAAAAGUCUUCCUGUCACUGUCCAUGUAAAUGAACUGACACCCACCUGCUGCCAAUUUAACCUGUAGCAUCCUUUUGUAGUGGUCCUGGUGCUUACUAGAAACUCUUGGAAAUCCUUCCAAAACUACUUCUUUGCAACUGAACGUCUGGGCUUGGAGUUUGUUAUGCUGCAGAAACCUUCCUUUCAGCUGUAAUUUGCAUUUUCCUGCAUGCAAGACCAUUUUGAUACAAACUGAUGAUUGGUGGCACGUUUUUCAAUACAGGAAACCAUUGCAGGCACACCUCCCCCUCUUUUAUAGCAACCAGCCAGUCAGCAGUCUGCUGAUUAGAUUGAUGGAGGGAUUUCAAAUCUUCACCUGUGCUUAUGAUGUUCCUGCAAACCUUUUACAGUUUCUGCAAUGAAUAAUUAAUCACUCUGCACAGUUACCUAUAAACCUUGUGAACUGUGACCCAAAACAAACCCGAAGCAGCUCUUUGCGCCACCCAACAUUAUUCUCAUUACAAAAUCUACUGGAUGAAUAAUAAAAAAUAAGGCAAAUGUUAAAGAUGUGGUACUUAUGGGUCGGCUCAGAUUGAAUCAAGAACAUUGCUCUAGUUGACGGCUGAACUAAAGUUAGUUAUCAGCUGGUUUUGGUAAAGAUUUUUCCACGUUCUUCAGCUGUAUUAAAACCUUUGUGUUCCCGAUGAAGUGAGGAAGCAGAGAAGAUGAAAAAAUCAGGUAAAACAGCAGCUGUGAAUCUGCAAUUUGAAAAAUUGAAAAGACCAAAGGAUUUGUCAUGGUUGAUGGUUAACACGCUUCAGUUACAACAAUCUGAUCAUAAAUAAAGCAGAUUUUAAAGCA